GACGCAGGACCCGGGCUCCUCGGCGGCGGCGGCGGCGGCGGCGGCGGCGGCGGCUACGGCGAUGCUGUGGCCGCGGCUGGCGGCGACCGAGUGGGCGGCGCUGGCCUGGGAGCUGCUGGGCGCCUCGGUGCUGCUCCUCGCGGUGCGCUGGCUGGUGCGGCGGCUGGAGAAGCGGCCACGGGGCCUGGACCGCAGCGGGACCCCGGCCCCGCAGCCCUGUGCGGCUGCCGCGCCGGACCCAGGUGAAACGACAAUGGAUGUGGUGUUGGCUCGAUUGAAACUCCUGAACUCAGAUGCCCUUAGAGAGGAAAUUGUCAAAGCCGGAUUGAAAUGUGGACCCAUCACAUCAACCACAAGGUUCAUUUUUGAGAAAAAACUGGCUCAAGCCUUACUCGGGCAAGGAACAUCGCUCUCUUCCUUUCUUCCCAGCCACGAGGAGGCAGGUGCCACGGCCGUCAGCCAAGACACGCAGAGAACUCUGAAGUCUGCCGAAGAGAGCCUGCGUGAGCAAGCCAGUGUUCCUGAAGAGAGAGAGUUUGGUUAUGGCGUGGGCUUGAACCCUCCCCAGGAGGACGCUGUGACAUCCGCGAGCUGCUCGGUGCCCUUCUGUGCUGCAGCCCACAUCAACACCCACAGAGCUGGUGUGCCAGCCACUAAGGAGCCACCUCUGUACUAUGGGGUCUGCCCUGUGUACGAGGACCUCCCAGUGAGAAACGAACGGAUCCAUGUUUAUGAAGAUAAAAAGGAAGCAUUGCAAGCCGUCAAAAUGAUCAAGGGGUCCCGAUUCAAAGCUUUUUCAACCAGAGAAGAUGCUGAGAAGUUUGCUAGAGGAAUUUGUGAUUAUUUCCCUUCCCCAAGCAAAUCUUCAUUACCACUUUCUCCUGUGAAAGCACCAUUCCUUAGCAACGGUGGGUUAAAAGGUGGUUUGUGUUCACCUGAGUCAGAUAUAGUGAACAAAGAGCGGGCAAACAGUUAUAAAAACCCCCGCACCCAGGACCUCACUGCCAAGCUCCGAAAGGCUGUGGAGAAGGGAGAAGAAGACACCUUUUCUGAUCUCAUCUGGAGUAACCCUCGGUAUCUGAUUGGCUCAGGGGACAACCCUACCAUCGUCCAGGAAGGCUGCAGGUACAACGUCAUGCAUGUUGCUGCCAAGGAGAACCAGGCUGCGAUCUGCCAGCUGACUCUGGAGACCCUAGAAAACCCCGAGUUUAUGCGACUUAUGUACCCAGAUGACGACCUGGGCAUGCUGCAGAAGCGCAUCUGCUACAUCGUUGAUCUCUAUCUGAACACUCCUGACAAGAUGGGCUAUGACACGCCAUUGCAUUUUGCUUGUAAGUUUGGAAAUGCUGAUGUGGUCAACGUGCUUUCUUCACACCCUUUGAUUGUGAAAAACCCAAGAAAUAAGUAUGAUAAGACACCUGAAGAUGUGAUUUGUGAAAGAAGCAAAAAUAAACCUGUGGAACUGAAGGAGCGGAUCAGGGAAUAUUACAGGGUGAGCGAGGGCAUGAGUCACUACUAUGUGCCAUUGCUCAGAGCGGAAGACACGUCCUCUCCCGUCAUCGGGGAGCUGUGGUCCUCAGACCAGACGCCUGAAGUCUCCCACGCUGGUCACUCAGGAGGUGGCCCCCGGGACCCUGUGCUGACCCUGAGGGCUUUUGCAGGGCCCAUGAGUCCAUCCAAGGCAGAAGAUUUUCGCAAACUCUGGAAGACUCCACCGCGAGAAAAAGCAGGCUUUUUCCACAACGUCAGGAAAUCUGACCCAGAAAGAGGCAUUGAAAGAGUGGGCAGGGAGCUAGCUCAUGAGCUGGGGUACCCCUGGGUUGAAUACUGGGAAUUUCUGGGCUGUUUUGUUGAUCUGUCUUCCCAGGAGGGCCUGCAAAGACUAGAAGAAUAUCUUGCUCAGCAGCAAUUGGGCAAAAAGGCUCAACAGGAAAUGGGGGAAAAAGAAGCCUGCCUCAGAGACAGGGCUCCGACCUCAGGCAAGGGGAUAAAGGGCAGCAAUUCCGUCUGUGGGGCAUUUCUAGACGAAGAUGAGGAGAUGAGCCUGGAAGAAAUCAAAAAACCGGCAAAACACAGCUCGAAGCAGCAGCCCGCUCACCAUCCGUGCGUGGGGAGAUUCCGUGUGUGGCACCCUUCCCUCGGAGCACAAGGCGGGCUUGAUCGAAGCCGCAGCCAUGAGUGGUGUCCCAGCAGCAGAAAUGGAUUCUUCAGUCCCAGCCAGAGGCCCGGGUGGCAGGAGACCGAAGGCUGCCAGCAGAGAGGAAGCACUUCUCUCGCCUGUCUAUGAU